ACUCAAAAUCAAUUUGCAAUUUGCAAGUUGGUGGAACUUUCCCUUUACUUUACCCCCUUCAACUUUUGCUAUAAAGGAGGAAAGGAGAAAGCGAAAUGGUAAAGGAAAGAAGAAACUAGUCCAGCCGACGAACGGGCGUUUUCAGGCCCAUCUUGCCUCCCAGUUCUGUUCGCCAAUUAUCUCUUGGGCCUCAUGUUCCAAUCGAGUCAAUUUACACAUUGGGCCUAAUACCGACCCAACUGUGGUUUCACGGAUACGAAUGGCCCAACUUUAGUUCAGUUUCCACAAUCCAAAGCCCAUAGCUGACUCAUUGCCGGCCGAUGUAAUGAAAACAAAAAAGAGGUAGGUGGGAAUGGAUUUCCGUUAUGCCAUUUUUUUUUUGUGCCAUGAUGUUGUCGUGGCCCCUUUUUUGUGUCACCACGUGACAAAAGGACAAAGCAAUCGUCAAGUGGUCAAAAUGCGCACGUGCGAACUCAAUCCACCGCGUUCAGUUCAGCCGGAUCACAGCCAUUGAUCAGCGGCGGAGAUUCAUCCACGACGACGAAAAAACGGUCACCCAGCUCACAGGCUGUAACGCAGCAGACUCACAGUAAUAAAUAAUUAAACCAAUUAUUAUUAUAUAUGCUAUACACAAUGACUCGGACCAAAUUACAAUCGAUCAAACCGGAAAGCUCACUCUUUCCAGCUUCUUCUUCCCCACUUCAUUUCUCAGCUAAGCUUCGCUAGGGUUUCUUUGACAAUGGCGGAAUCCGCGGCCGCGGCAGUUGCUCCAAGCGCCGAAUUGCUGGAGUUUCCGAAGAAGGACAAGCGACGGAUGCUCCACGCCGUCUAUCGCGUCGGCGAUCUCGAUCGCACCAUUCAGUUUUACACUGAGGGUCUGGGGAUGAAGCUGCUUAGGAAGAGGGAUGUUCCAGAUGAGAAGUACUCCAACGCAUUCCUUGGAUUUGGACCCGAAGAUUCACACUUCGUCGUCGAAUUGACCUACAAUUAUGGCGUGAGCUCUUAUGAUAUUGGGACUGGAUUUGGGCACUUUGCUAUUGCCACCGAAGAUGUUUACAAGCUGGUGGAGAAUGUUCGAGCUAAGGGAGGAAGCGUGACCAGGGAGCCAGGUCCAGUGAAAGGUGGGAAGAGUGUCAUUGCCUUCGUGAAAGAUCCUGACGGUUACAUGUUCGAGCUCAUUCAGAGAGGCCCGACUCCUGAGCCUCUCUGCCAAGUUAUGCUUCGUGUGGGCGACCUGGAUCGUGCCAUUAAGUUCUACGAGAAGGCCUUGGGGAUGAAGGUGUUGAGGACUAUUGACAGGCCUGAAUACAAGUACACACUGGCCAUGAUGGGUUAUGCUGAUGAGGAUAAGACGACUGUUUUGGAGCUGACUUACAACUAUGGCGUGACUGAAUACACCAAGGGGAAUGCAUAUGCUCAGAUUGCUAUUGGCACCGAUGAUGUCUACAAAAGUGCCGAGGUGAUCAAUCAUGUCAUCCAGGAAGUUGGUGGUGGGAAGAUUACUCGACAACCAGGCCCCCUUCCCGGGAUCAACACCAAGAUCACUUCUUUUCUGGACCCUGAUGGCUGGAAAACUGUGUUGGUUGACAAUGAAGAUUUCCUGAAGGAAUUGCAGUGAAGAGAGAUCGAUAGUUUACUGGAUCUGGAUGUCUGUUGAGCAAAUGGACGGCGGAUUAUGUACUCUGUAUUGCUAGUGUAGUAGUUAAGUGUUGAAUAAACUUGAGAGAGCGGAGUGUAAUUUUAUCUUAAACUCGAUUAAGUCUUGUUGCUUGCUCUAAUUAUGGACACCCUCCCUUCGCCUUAUAUUAGGGUGUGGAAUGUUAGGAGCUUGUUAAUGGAGAUAUAUGUGUUUCUUCUUUACAUGGUUUUUUACUAUCUAGGCUACAGCCUGAACUGCCCUAGAGCCUAGCAGCUUGCGACUAUCGAUUGAGCUUUCCUUAGCUGCAUAUAACCUGCAAAUGAUUUUCCAUCUUCACCCAAGUCUUCAUGCAGGAAAAAUGAAUAGUUCUUCGCUUU